CACUGGCUGGAGCUGGAGGAGGAGCACCAGGAGGGCAGUGCGGAGCCCUCUGCGAGGCGAAGGGCCCCCGGAGAAGUGGCCAUCUCCAGCGUGAGCGAGGGCGGCUCCUCCAGCGAGGACCCCAGCCAGUCACCCUGUGCACGAGGGAAUAAAUCACAAGAUAGUGGGAUUGCAGAGAUGGAGGAACUUCCAGUCCCACAUAACAUCAAAAUAAGUAACAUCACAUGUGAUUCCUUCAAGAUUUCUUGGGAGAUGGAUUCCAAAUCCAAGGACCGCAUCACUCAUUACUUCAUCGAUCUCAACAAGAAAGAAAACAAGAAUUCCAACAAAUUUAAACACAAGGACGUACCCACCAAACUGGUGGCCAAAGCUGUUCCUUUGCCAAUGACAGUCCGUGGGCACUGGUUCCUGAGCCCCAGAACGGAGUACACGGUAGCAGUGCAGACAGCAUCGAAGCAGGUUGAUGGCGAUUAUGUUGUUUCUGAGUGGAGUGAAAUCAUCGAGUUUUGCACGGCAGAUUAUUCAAAAGUUCACCUAGCACAGCUAUUGGAAAAAGCUGAAGUGAUUGCAGGCCGUAUGCUUAAACUGUCUGUUUUUUAUCGGAAUCAGCACAAAGAAUACUUUGAUUAUAGCAGAGAGCAUCACAGGAAUGCUAUGCAGCCCUCUGUUAAGGAUAACAGUGGCAGCCAUGGCUCUCCGAUCAGCGGGAAGCUGGAAGGCAUCUUCUUUAGCUGCAACACCGAGUUUAACACUGGGAAGCCACCCCAAGAUUCACCGUAUGGAAGAUACAGGUUUGAGAUUGCAGCUGAAAAACUCUUCAACCCAAACACUAACUUGUACUUUGGAGACUUCUACUGCAUGUACACAGCCUACCACUACGUCAUUCUCGUUAUCGCCCCUGUUGGAUCGCCGGGAGAUGAGUUCUGUAAGCAGCGCCUUCCUCAACUAAAUAUAAAAGAUAAUAAAUUUCUGACCUGCGAUGAAGAAGACGGUGUCAUGGUUUACCAUCACGCCCAGGAUGUUAUUUUGGAGGUAAUUUACACUGAUCCUGUGGAUCUCUCCCUCGGCACAGUUGCGGAAAUUACUGGUCACCAAUUAAUGAGCUUGUCUACUGCAAAUGCAAAGAAAGAUCCCAGCUGCAAGACCUGCAACAUCAGUGUUGGACGUUAAAACUCCCCUCGUUACUUAGGAGCCUUCCGACCUCUGUUGCCCAUUUCCAUAGUCAGACGUUUUGUCAGAAGCAUGCACAUGCCGCUGUCACCAAAAGCAAACACGAGUCUUCAAAAUCUCCAAUAGCGUUUUUAGUAUUUCUUCUCUCCCUCUUUCCCUUCUGUCCCCUCGAUGCUUUAAAUGAUUAGAAGUCCUGGAUUUCUUUCUGGCAACCAUUUAUACCUAGAUGCUGCAAAAAUUGUUUUCUGUUUCUUGCCAAACAUAAGAAAAUCCCUAUAUAAACUGCUUUAGCAAAAUAAAAAUAACGGCUUAUAAAUGGUGUUUAAAUAUGCAUUCAUUUUAACUACUGAACAAAUACUGGGGUAACUCCAAACAGCAUGAAAGGUUGUAAUUGCAGCAUGAUUUAAAUUUCAGAGCCUAGAAAUGUCAGCACUUCCAACGUGUUGUUCGACAGUGUUAUUUAUGUUAUUUAUAUUAGCUAACUGAAAACAGAAACUGUGUCUUGACAUAAUAAAUAUAAUAGAAAAAUAUUUUAUUUGUACUGUUGUAUAAAAUAUUAUACAAUCAUAUAGAAUAUAUAGAUUACAUUUUAAUAUCAAUUGUAUACAUAUGUCAUGAAAUCAUUUUCCCUUAUCAAAGAUGUAGUUUGUAAACUUCAAAUAGCUCUGUAUCUGUUCCUGUUGCUCUAGAUGACUUUAAUUAAAACAGAUUUACGAAGGAGACCAUUUCUGAUUCAUAAAAGUUAAGUUAUAAAUUAUUAUUAAGUCAGUACACUGAAACAACAAACCUCUGAGAAAUAAAAAAAAUUCCUUUUUAA